UAAACCAAACCAGCCUCAUGUGUUUGGUUAUUCCACUUGGUUUUACUCACCAAAACUUAUCUAGAAUUCAACCUCUCUUUUCUUCAGCAAGAAAUCAUAGACACUAGAUGAGUUCUAAAAUAAACUCCUUAAGUCCACCAAUUCCAUGCAACUUUUACACAAAGAAACCAAAGCUUAGAAGAAGAAACACCGUUAUCUUCUCUUCCUCUACGUCCAGUGAAAAGCAACCAAAAACCAUUGAAACCCCAACAACUGAGACUUACACUGUUAGUUUUAAGACAGAAAGGGCUUGCAAGCUUGGCAUUUCAAGAUACCCUGACUUUGACUAUGAUGCAGAGGGAGGAAUAGGAAAUGGGUCUGGUACAAAGGUAACAGAUAAUCAAGCUAACAAUGACUUACUUGUUUCAUUUGAUCCUGAAACACUGUAUAUUCCACCAUUAACAAGUUCUACAACCAAGUUUUUGGGAUUCCCAUUGCCACCACUUUUGAAGAUUGACAUAGUUCCAGAAGCAUUCCAAGGAAGUAUUAACCUAGAAUCUGGCAAGGUUGAUCUUGAGUUCAAGGCCAAGUUCUUGUUUUCUGCUGGAGGUCUAUAUAAGGCUCCUCCACUGCUGGUGAAGACAGUGUUGACAUCUGAAGAAUCAAAGGGGACAAUGAAGAGUGGAAGAGGCAAGAGAUUGGAUGAAGAAGGGAAGUGCAGACUGGUUGGAGUGGCAACAGUUGAUCCUAUUGAUGAUUUCCUUAUGAAUUCUUUCCUUGGUCUUCCAACUGAGUGCCUUGCUGACCUAAAUGCUGUAAUUUCUAUUUCUUCCUCGUCUUAAGAUCUCCUCACAAAAUCUGGACAUUGUUGUAACCUACUUAUAGUUAUUGUAUCCACAUUGGAAAUUCAAUGUGAAAUAGUGCAAAGUGAGUCAAAGACAACAGUUAAAAUUGGACUAGUUUAGCUAUUUUAGCCAAGUGACUUGAUAGUCAUGUAUGACACUUUAUAUAUAGCAGCAAGUUGUAGUCAUUAUUGAAAUGUAUUGCAAUUUGUUGUUCAAAGCUAUUUAUAGUUAUUGUAUCCAAAUCGGAAAUUCAACGUG